AACCGAGCAUUUAAUUAUCAAUCAUUGGUGGAGCCUAAAAAAAAUUGUUUUCAUAAUGAACUGGAUAAUAUUCUCCUCUAUACUAUUCUUUAUUGCAACGGUGGAAUCAAGAUGGCUGCUUGACAGAAUCUGCGAUUACACAUUAACAGAUUCUCACGGCCUGAUAACAUCUCCAAAUUACCCUCACAGCUACCCAUCAUCAGUGGUAUGUACCUACAAGAUAAUUCAGCCCCGAGAAAAAGUGGUUUCCCUGAGUCUGUCACACAUAGAUCUCGGCUGGAACGAUACAGACAGCUGCAGCGGACGUUUAGAAAUCUACGACGGCGAUGAUGAUCUUGCCCGAAGGCUAGAUGUCCUCUGCGGUACAGACUAUUUCAUUCCAUCACGCGUCAUAAACUCCACAACAAAUGCUCUAUUCCUCAAGCUAGAGAGUUACUCAUCAAUUGGAGAGAAUGUUGGCUUCCAGGCACUCUACAAAACAACAGAUCUCAAAUGUGGUGGACUCUUCACAGAGCGGAAUGGAACGGUUCGACACCCGACCUACGGCACAACGUACAGGAAUAACGAGAAUUGCGAUUGGGUGAUUCAGGCACCACCGAGGCACACCAUUCAGCUGAGAUUCACAUCAUUUUACACCGAAAGUACCCACGAUUGGGUCAAGAUCAGCGAACUCCACGAGGGUAGAAUCAUAGAUCUCAUCACAAUCAGCGGUUCUUCAAUACCAGCUGCUGCGUCACCGGUUAUCACGAAAGGUCGAAUUCUCUAUAUUCAUUUCAGAAGCGAUAGCAGCAACGUUUACACUGGUUUCCGCGCCAAUUACACUUUUAUCGAUCCUCUAGAGCUUAAUUAACAUUUUAAUUAAUGAUGCAAUAACGUACAAAAUUAAUGCAAAAGGUACCUCUUAUAAAAAUUAUCCGAAAAAUAUUUAAUACUACAUU